CAUACGCCUAUAUAAACCCUCAUUAACAUCCCUUUCAAACACAUUAUCAUUCAAACAUUCUCAAAAACAUCAGAUUUCAAAAACAUUAGAAGAAAACCUUAGUUAUUGUGUAUUUCUUGCUUUUGAUCCAUUAAUCAUGGCUGACAAAAUAGUUCACAAUCAUACCCCUAAGAGUGAGACCGAAGACCAUGGGUUGUUUGAUUGUUUUGGAAAGAAAGACGAAAACGAUAAGAAAGAAGAGAAAAACGAAAGCCUAUUGGAAAAACUCCACAUUUCUAGUAGCGGUUCAAGUUCGAGCGACGAUGAGUGUAAAGAUGGAACAAAGAAGACUAACAAGAAGAAAGAUAAGACAUUGAAGGAAAAAGUAGAGAAGAAAGUUGAAGAAGACAAGGUGAAGAUCAACGUUAAGAUCGAAGAAGGAAGAGAGAAAGUCUUAGAGCUCAAAGAGAAAACCGUGGAGAAGAUAGAAGAAGGCAAAGAGAAGGUUGGAGAAAUUAAAGAGAAAAUAGGGGAGAAAAUCCAAGAACACAACAAGAAUAAAGAAGCAAAGAAAGCCGAAGAAGAGAAUGCAAAGAUCAAAGCUAUGAUCGAAGAGGGCAAAGAGAAAGCCUUGGAGCUCAAAGGGAAAACCGUUGAGAAAAUAGAAGAAGGCAAAGAGAAAAUCGGAGAGAUCAAAGAGAAGAUAGGGGAGAAAAUUGAAGAAUAUGAUGAGAAGAAAGAAACAAAGAAAAUUGAAGAUCAAAAGGUGAAGUAUGAAGAAGUGGUAGUGCAACCACCACCAUCACAUUGUGAAGUUUUCGUUCACCCACCGGAGCCAAGUAGUGAAGUUGAAGAGAAAAAAGGGUUCAUUGACAUGAUCAAGGACAAACUCCCUGGUGGUAACAAGAAGGCGGAAGAUGACCACCACGCCGCUCGUCCACCACCACAACUAGUAACGGCUGCUAAUGCGAACCACUAUGUGGAAGCCGAAACCGAGCACAAGGAGAAAAGGGGUAUUCUUGAAAUGAUCAAAGAAAAGCUUCCGGGAUAUACUUCAAAGAGUGAAGAAGAAAUCAAGAAGGAAAAGGAAUGUGAUAAUGUAUAAGAAGUCCAAAAUGGUUUGUUGGUUUGGUUUUCUUUGGCUUUGUGAAUGUUUAUUGCUUUCAAAUAAUUGUUGGUUUUCUUUAGUAUAAGUAGUAAGUACUAGUU